AUGAGUUUCUUUCUCUUUCUUUCUUUCUCUCCCUCCUUCCCAUCCCCUUCUCUCUCUGUCUCUCUCAAGUACCCUCAGGCAUGGCCCCACCAUAGCCUAAAAGGCUUCCAUAAGCUGCCUCACACGGCCAUGGCAGCCUUGGUGCCAAAUCUGUGGUGCCCUCCCAUGCCACGCUGUUGGCGUCAACCCUCACAGUCUCAUGCCAGCUGUGCUUGGCAUCAGGAGCAACAAAAACCAGGCCACCCACUUGACUCAUUGGGAGCUUUGUGCAGCCAAGAGUCUCUUGACCUGAUGCUGUUUUGGGGUGUGCAGUUCCAGGUGGAAACAGGCCUUUGGCUCAAUGCAACAUGGAGUGGAGAGCUGGAACUCAUUCACCGCCCACCCCACUUUCCCCAAAGCUCUUGUGUAUGUGGAGGAAACCCCUGGGCUUAUGCAGAUGGCUGCCUCUCACCUGUGUGCCUUGAACCUGGAGGAGGGUGGCGAGGGAGAGGACACGCUUUCCCUGUCCUGUCUUGGCCUCUUCCUAGCAUUCUGUUGGGGAGGGAAGGUUUGCAUGAAGCAAGUUCAAGUCUGCUCUGUCGUUUACAGGCCAUUCCUCUACUAUUUUUCAUUUGCAUAGCACCAAGCCGUUGUGCAAGGUCCGCAGCCUUGGUCUAG